CACCCCUGGUUAAAGUUAAAAGUUAAAGUUAAGACUGGGUAUCGUAUAUGCCCGAUAUUAUAAAUAAGCCUUCCCAGCACACGCCAUUCAUCAUCAUUCAUCUUCACUCACUAUAUUCCAUCUCCGAUUAUUUAUAAUUAUUAUUAUUAUUUAUAAUUUGAGAUGGCGGCCAACGGCAACGGGCGCGUGGGAGGCACGGGACGGCACGGGCUGCCCAAGAUUCAUACGGAGAAGAAGGAUCACGAAAUUUGCAUCGACGACAGCACCCCACCUGUUAGGGCCCAGACUAUCGACGAGCUUCAUUCCCUUCAGAAGAAGAAAUCAGCGCCUUCUACGCCGAUAAAAGGGAUUCCCGGCGCUACUUUGGAGGAGGAGCGCAGCAAGCAGCAGCUCCAGUCUAUCAGCGCGUCAUUGGCAUCGCUGACGAGAGAGAGUGGACCGAAAGUGGUGAGGGGAGAUCCGGCGAAGCAGUCGGAAACGCCGCGGAUCGUGAGCCAGAGCCACGUCAGCCCCACCAUUGGCGUCAGCGAUAGUUCGCUCAAAUUCACUCAUGUCCUCUACAACCUCUCGCCCGCCGAGCUAUACGAGCAGGCCAUUAAGUACGAGAAAGGAUCCUUCAUUACUUCCAGCGGCGCCAUAGCCACACUUUCCGGCGCCAAGACCGGCCGUUCCCCAAAGGACAAACGCGUCGUGAGAGAUGAAACUACUGAGGAUGAUCUUUGGUGGGGAAAGGGUUCUCCAAAUAUUGAGAUGGACGAGCACACUUUCAUGGUUAACAGAGAAAGAGCGGUGGAUUACUUGAACUCCUUGGACAAGGUCUUUGUUAACGAUCAAUUCCUGAACUGGGACCCUCAGCAUCGCAUCAAAGUCAGGAUCGUCUCUGCCAGGGCAUACCAUUCUCUGUUCAUGCAUAACAUGUGUAUCCGGCCAACUCCCGAGGAGCUGGAGAAUUUCGGUACCCCCGACUUCACAAUCUACAAUGCUGGGCAGUUCCCUUGUAACCGAUAUACCCACUACAUGACAUCAUCUACAAGCGUAGACCUAAACUUGGGAAGACGUGAAAUGGUCAUUCUCGGCACUCAAUAUGCUGGUGAGAUGAAAAAGGGCCUUUUUAGCGUCAUGCAUUACCUAAUGCCCAAGCGCCAGAUCCUAUCCCUUCACUCGGGAUGCAACAUGGGCAAAAACGGGGAUGUUGCUCUUUUCUUCGGAUUAUCUGGCACUGGGAAGACCACGUUGUCUACCGAUCAUAAUCGGUUCUUGAUUGGAGAUGACGAGCACUGCUGGAGCGAAAAUGGCGUUUCGAACAUUGAGGGCGGAUGCUAUGCCAAGUGCAUUGAUUUGUCGAGGGAGAAGGAGCCUGAUAUUUGGAACGCCAUCAAGUUCGGGACCGUGUUGGAGAAUGUGGUGUUUGAUGAGCACACAAGAGAAGUGGACUACUCGGAUAAAUCCGUCACGGAGAACACUCGAGCGGCAUAUCCGAUUGAAUAUAUCCCCAAUGCUAAGAUUCCAUGUGUGGCCUCACACCCGAAGAAUGUGAUUCUACUGGCUUGUGAUGCUUUUGGCGUGCUCCCGCCUGUGAGCAAGCUGAGUCUUGCGCAGACAAUGUACCACUUCAUCAGUGGCUACACUGCUCUGGUUGCUGGUACGGAGGAUGGAAUUAAGGAACCACAAGCGACUUUCUCGGCUUGCUUUGGGGCAGCCUUUAUAAUGUUGCAUCCCACAAAAUAUGCAGCCAUGUUAGCUGCUAAGAUGCAAAAGCACGGUGCCACUGGGUGGCUAGUCAACACUGGCUGGUCUGGUGGAAGGUAUGGGUCUGGGAGCCGUAUCAGGCUUGCAUACACUAGGAAAAUAAUUGAUGCUAUUCACUCGGGCAGCCUAUUAAACGCUAACUAUAAGAAGACUGAGGUUUUUGGGCUCGAGAUCCCAACUGAGGUCGAGGGUGUGCCUUCUGAAAUAUUGGAACCUUCCAACACCUGGUCGGAUAAGAAUGCUUACAAGGAGACGCUGCUGAAAUUGGGUGGGCUGUUCAAGAACAACUUUGAAGGCUUUGUGGCUCACAAGAUUGGAAAGGACGACAAGUUGACUGAUGAAAUCCUUGCUGCAGGUCCUGUUUUCUGAUCAGCCACCGGAGAAGAAGAAUAAAAGAAGUCUCUUUCUUUAAGUUAUUAAACGAAAAAAGAGAUGCUCUUUUUUCAUGGCAAGUUGUAUUCUGAUCGGUAUGUACGAAAAGGCUUCAGUGAAUUGCCUCAACAUAAGGCUUCAGUGAAUUGCCUCGAUUUUGAGGAAUUGACGCAAAUAAUUUUAUGCAAUUUAGUUGGAUAAAACGCUAGGCCUGUCGUAAUAGUACUAUAGUCGACUAAACAUCGGGAUGCUUUUUUUUUUUUUUUUCAAUUAUNUCUUGACAAGUAAUGUAAUGUGGACCUAAUGAAAACCAACAAUUUUAAAGAAUAGUAUAAUUGGAAGUGCACAAGCUUAUAUCCAACUUUCUGAUAACAAGUGUAUAAUAAUCAGUACCUAAAAGGCAAACAAGAAACUUUGGCCUCUAGUCAAGUGUAU